AUGUCCCAACUCCCCCUCUUCAAAUCCGCCCUCUCAACCCUUUACGGCCCCCUCGAGCCGUCCUCAAUCCCCUCCCCAGACACCUGGACGCCACCAGCCCGCUCCGACGGCCACAAAGGUCGGUACCUGUGGACCGACGCAUUCGGCGUCGUGAAUCUGUUGACGCUGCACCGCGAGACAUCGCGCUCCCCGGAAUCCGCCCCGGCGAAUCUGUACCUAACCCUGGCCGCCCGCCUCAUAGCCACCGUCCACGAAACCCUCGGCCGAACACGCGACGGGUCAUCCCGCCUGCCCGGUGCAAGCGACAAUAAUCCGCUGGGUGGCGGCCUUCGAAUCGGCAAGAUGGACGCCGACGGACCCGACGGAGAUGGACAGUACCACCAUUAUCUAACACUGUGGAUGUUUGCGCUGAACCGGAUGAGUCUUGCCUCUGGAGAUAGGAGGUAUAACGACUCGGCGAUUGCGCUUGCGAAGGCGAUUCAUGGGCCUUUUUUUGCGAGUCGUGGGUUGGAAGGAGGGAAGAAGCCGCGGAUGGUGUGGAAGAUGAACAGUAGCCUUGACGAGGUCCUUGUGGGGUCCGAGGGGAAUUUGGAUGCCGUUGAUGGGUUUGUCAUUUUCCGCCUGCUGCAGGCGACGAACGAGCGGUUUGAUGGGGAAAGGGGUGCCGGGGUUCUCAAGGAGGAAAUCGACGACUACCGCCGCGUGAUGGAGCGGAAAGGACGACAUUUCGUCUCCAGCGACCCGCUCGAUCUCGGCAUGACGCUUUGGACGAUGCAGUGGGUUGCGAAUGAGGAUUGGGCCGAGGAGAUUGUCGAGAGUUGUUUUGAGAGGGUUUACGACCUCCUCGAAACCUCCCAACACCUCUCCCGCAAUAUAAAAUACCGCCUCGCCUUCCGAGAAUUCGGAACAGCGCUAGGCAUAAAGUGCAUGUCGUCGCAAGACCCCGAGAAGGGGCGGUCGGUCGACAUGCGCGCGUACGCGGACCGCAUCCUCGAGAGCUGGGCGAGUACCAUGGAGGUUUCACUGGGGGAUGAGAGGAGGAAUCAUAAUACGCCGGCUGGGAUGAAGGCGAUUACGAGGGUUAUGUAUGCGGCUGCGUUGGUCCCUGGUGCAUUUCAACGGGGGUAUUUGGGUCCGGAGCCUAGACUGUGA